AUGGAACUCUCCCUCUCUCUCUCUCUCUCUCUCUCUCUCUCUGUCGCUUUUCUCCAUCUGUCCCCGGCACCCAAUCCAUCAACUCAGGGAAGAGGAGUGGGCACCUUGAGGAGACCUCGCUUCUCCCCAGGCCACUGUUGUCGCACCAUGUCAUCCAUCGUCCCUGACUCCCUGCACGUGAUCGACGGCCGAGGGACACAGUAG